CACUUGAUAUCAAAUGACAUUCGUUGAGUUAGGAAAAACCUGGUGACACAAAAUAAUCGAUAACUUUCAUGGCUCAAUGCAUGUGCUAUAGAACUCCGAUAUCCAAACCUGGAAAGAGAGUUUCCCUGGGAAAGUAUUUUUAGCCACUUACUCAGACAUUGAAAUGUCAAUGCUAAACAAACAAAAAAAAAACACUCCAUGGUUUACAGUUUAGUUUCAAUCGGACCAAAACAACCGCAUCCCUGUUGUGCUUGGAAAAGGUUGCAGAGUGGGAAGUAUCAAAUCAGUUUGCCAGAUUUCUUUAAAAAUAAUUAAACUACAAAACUACACAAUGGGAUCAAGUGUCCACAACAGUCACCAGCUAGAAAUAUCCGAUGAUGAAAACAAACAGUCAAAACAACUAACAAGUGUUAUAAGGGUACAGUUCAAAGGUCAUGAUACUUAUACAUCAGAAGAAAUUCUUAGAUCUGAAAUGACAGUUCGUGAGGAGGACACAAAUUGUGAGUGCUCUUAUUAUAGUGCCGAGACAUCCUGUGACAAGAAGGAAUCUUGUAUACGCAGCACUAAAAACAUUAAUCAAAGUGUCAAUCAAGGCGAUGAGAUAAAUGUGCAGUCGAUUGAAGGUGCCCGACACAACGUCAAUUCUCAAUGUAAAAGCAGUGGUGUUCAGGAUGUCCAGAAUGUGUCCCAAACUUUACACAGCUAUGACGUCAGUCAACAAAUUAUCAAAGAAACGUUCCAGAGAUCAGAAUCGUUGGAACAACAGGUACAAAACAUCAAAAAUAUAGAUCAGUGCCUCGGAGACAGUGGUGUUAUUAAUAGCCAAGUAAUUAAUAAUUCAAGUCAAAGUGCCGUUAGCAGCAAGCAAAACGUUCAAUAUGCUAAUAAUUACUUACAGAAGACUGGGAACUCGGAUGCAAGUACACAGGAAAUACUAAAUACCAAUCAAAGAUUAGGGCAAUCUGAGCAAUCUCUUCAAGUUGCUGGUAACUCCAAUGAAGUAGUUGGCAACUCCAAUGCCUGCUCUCAGACUCUGAAAGCUACAGAGCAAGACGUGAGAUCUGCUGAGCAAUGCCUACAGACUGCGAAGAAUAACGAAGAAAGAGCAGGCAACUCUUAUAAGUUCACUCAAACUAUCCACAACACUACACAGAUUUCAGGCAACACUGAAACAUCUGGACAACAUGUUGAAAACACAGAAAGAGUUGCAGGACAUUCACUGCUUUCUAGUCAAAUAGUUACAGACACUAAACAGUCAAUCGAGAAAACAGAAAUGUCUCUUCAGGAAGUAACAAACUGUCGAACUGUCACUGGAAGGUCAGGAACAAGCGUACAAAGUGUUUUAGACACUUUCCAGACAGCUAGAAGUUCAGAAUCGUUACUGCAGUGUGUUGAAAAUGUUACAAAAACGGAACACCAGCAGAGUGAUACAGAUCAUCUAUCACAAACGAACACAUCAAAUUGGAACAGGGGCACGACGGUAGAAGAUGACGCAUUAAGCGAAAAUGAUGCUCCUUGUAACAGCGUUGAACAAAUGACAUACGAACAUUUAUUAAACGAACAUUUAUUUCAAGAUUUGUGUUCAAUAGGCAACGAAAGAGCUAAAGUUUUUCAGAGCAUACAAAGCACUGUUCAGAGAUGUGAUAGCUCACAAGAGGCCAAUCAGAUCGUACAAAACAGUGCAUCUAAUGGCAAUGUUAUACAGAUCAUAGGAAAUACAAUUCAAAAUAUUUAAUUUUGUAAA